CACGCAUCACUCACGAAAGUCACAUGCAUAAGACCAAUCAACCAAUUGUAUUUGAGUCAUCCGUAAGUGUGCAUAGAUUGUUUCUUGUUAUAAUAUCUUUUAAAAUGAGCAAGUUCAUUUAUAAGAACUCACUGUGAACAUCAAGACAUAAAGUUGUCAUUACUUAUAGAAUAUAACAAAGCCUCAAUUGUUUCGCGUUAUGGUCGUUAUGGAUUAGUUAUUCUCUGAAAAUACACAUUGGUUUCAUGGAAAUAAAACGUAGUACGUUUUUCGUUCUUCUUACAAUCCUAUGUAUCUCCAUCAAUCUCUCCGUUGAAAUAUGUCUGUUCAUAACGGAUCAAUAUGUGUUCGAAAGGUCUUUAAAUGAACAUGGAAUUCCAUAUGCAACUAAAGACGAGCUUGAGAACUAUAAAAACUUAACAUCGGGUAACUCAACGAAUCUUAAAUUAGCUCAGAGGAAAGCAGCUCUAGUUGACGCGGCUUUUAAUGGAGUACGAAUAAGCGUGGGCUUGAUAACCACACUUAUAAUUGGAUAUCUGUCAGAUCGUUUCGGUCGUAAAUGUGCAUUUGCUUUACUUCUCGGUGGUGAAACGUUGCAAAUCAUAAUGAUAUGUAUAAUCACACUUCUAAAGCUGAAUGAAUGGCUGACAAUAGUCUCCGGUCUAUUCGAAGCAUUUUGUGGAGGGGGUCUGUUGACGAUUAAUGCACAGAUCAGCGCUGCUAUAAUGGAUGCAAGCCUACAUAAGGGCAAACAGAGGAGAGAAAAUAAAGACAGGAAAACAAAGAAAUCUCAUACUGACACUUUAUGGACACAUUUCGCUAUUUUUGACGGCAUGGCAAAUCUAAGCAUGUCUGCUGGAAACUUAGUUGCAGGUUCUUUAAUCUACCGCUAUGGGUUUGAAAUCAGUAUCGCAACAUGUGCUUGCAUAUUUGUCCCAAGCUUGAUAUCAAUUACGUUUCUUCCGGAGACUCAUAAACGGAAUUCAAGUAAAACUAAACAGGGCGAAUCUCAUUCCCUGAAAGUUGCUUUGAACAUACCGGAAAGGAGUGUUUGCGAGGAUUGUUGUUUAGACAAUGCCAAUUCACAAUCGGACAAUCAACAAAGUAAACGUACUUCUGAGAAGCUGCAGAUAUGUAAACACUUGGAUCCGAUUCUAAUCAUGCUAUCUGUCAUAAUAUUUCUCACUUCUUUGGGAGCUAUAUCAGAUGUACAGUACUUGUUUGUUUAUUUAAUGGGUGCUCCAUUUUUGUGGGAUGCUCAAAAGAUUAGCAUUUAUGUAGGAGUUGUAGACGUAGUUGGUUCUUUCCUAUCAGUAAUUCUAGCCUACUUUCUUAUGAAAUUCGAGGGAAAAAGAAAAACUGUUAUUGAAGUGAAAUCCAAUGAAACGGAAGAUGCAGGACAGUUGGAAAAUGUAACGAAUCAAUCAAAUUCACAUCACAAAUUGGUUGUACUUGUGAUUGCUCUUAGCAUAACACUGAUACUGUUGAUUUGCAACAGAUUUCUAGUUGGUAUAGCCUACAUGUUUUCCGUUCAAACUGCAAAUCUUCUUGUUUACAUAGCCAUCCUACCGAGAUUAAUGAAGUCUUUCAUUGUCCCGGUGUUGAGAACCAUGUUCAUAUUGUGUACUGCUUCCAGCAAACACGGUGAGUGUGGAAAGUAUUUUUGUUUGGUAAAUCAUUUCAGAAUAACAAAGACUUUUAAGUUUGUGAAAUCUACACAAUGAUCAGUGACGCAGAAGGUAUGGACUAUGAGGAAACCUCAAAAGAAGGUAUGGUUCAAUCAGUAUGUGGAUUCAUUGUGCGCAUUGGUCUGUUGACAAGUUUGAGUGGUCUACCCGCUUUAUAUGCUGCAACAGUUACCGCCUUUCCUGGAGCUGUCUUCAUGGUCGUAUGUGUACUGUUGGCCAUUGCACUUAUAGUAAAUAUGUUCUUACCAGUGUGUAUUAAACGGCGAUAUCGGAGUGAAAACCAAAUGAACUAAACUUGCUUUCGAACAUACAUCAAGGUAUUAUUUCACCUACUUUUGCUCAAAACUAUUACAUCAAAUAAUAGGAUUUCACUUUUACAAGUGCUGUUUUAAAUACCUGUCAAAAAUAAAUAACACGGUGUGUUGUGGUAUUUGCGGUGAAAGAAUUAUCAUAUUGAUUUGCUGCUUUUCUUUCAACCUUUCUGUUCCACUGCAUGCAUAUUUAACUAUGUAUCUGAGUAUCUGAGUCAACGACCUGUCCAUCAAUAUUCACUGAUCAUGGAAAUAAUCUCUUCAAUUGAUUUUAGCACCAAAUUAACAAUAGCUCAACAAGAGACAGCAUCUAAUACAGUGUUUUCAUGCAAACUUAUUAUACUCUUUUAAGUGAAUCAUAUUUCGACGAC